AUGAAAAAGUCAAGAGAUUUGACUUCAUCGGAUGACCACCCUGAAAGCACCCAGCCAGGUUUGGGCCUGAACGUUUUCAUGGUGGAUUGGAAUGCAUUACCCACGAUUCAGCCCCAUGGAAUUGGAAUUGACGGUAUCUCGGAUAAAGCUGAAGAUAUCAGUAUAUCGGUUGUGGGGUGUAUUGAUCAUCAUGAAGACGAAGGGUUCAUCUCAAAGCAUUCAAUACCCCAAUUGGAGACUGAAACGUUUGCCGAACCACAAUGCAUUCAAACAGGAGUUGGAAGUUGCACGUCCAUAAUUGUGCGUGAACUGCGAAACCGUGGCUGGUGGGAAGGCUGCAACUCUUCAACAAUCGACGGCACUGCGAAGGAAAUCUCUCACGGGGAAACGAGAGAUUCUAAUACUCAAGAUACAGUAUAUGAAUCUCAGGCUGCACAGCUUGCACUAGCAGCAAUAUUAGCAGACACUGCAAACAUGACAGCGGAGAGCAAAGUGUCUGACGUGGAUCGAGAGGCUGUGGCAUUCCUAGAGAAUAAGAUCAACCAGUGCACCUCUAUCAGCUGGGACCGCGAUGCAUUCUACACUUGCAUUAUGAAUGCCAAAUCUUCUAGUGUUGACUUUCUUACGGUUGAUGAAACUUUGGGAAGAGAUUAUAAAGAAUGGGUAGAUCCAGUUCGCCCAGGCCACAAUGUCAAGAUUGGAAUAUGCUCCGUUGUUAAACCACUCUCUUGGCUAUUCGAAAAAUGUGGUUCAGAAAAUCCAGAGAAGAGCUGUAAUGAGGCAGCAUUUUUUAAGUCUUUAGAGGCAUUUUCUCUGGCUAGAGAUCUUGACGUCGUUGCUAUUAUGACUGCUUUCUCGGCACUUCCGGAGGAUGAGUUCCAGCGUGAACUAGUUGUUACUAUUCUGAAUGAUGAAUAUUCAUCCAAGCUUGAGGACUUCAAGAACGUUGCAAUUACCGACUUAGGUAUCGAAGAAGGCCUACUUAACCAGGAGGACAUCAAGGACCUAGGCAAGAUAGCGGGAAAUUCACGGAUAUGGCGACAGUGCGAUGUUACAAAGAGUAGAAAACAAGUGGCCCCAUUGAUGAGAAAGAUAUUUACAGGGGGCAAUUGA